AUGGAAAUUCCAAGCUCCGAUCCAACAGGUUUAGUUGUAGCAAAUUAUAACUCACACUCUGGGAGAGUAACUUCAGCCUCACCAACACAAUCACGGCCUGUCCCAGAUUCUUCAACUGUUCCCUCUAUCCAAGAAAAUGAAAUUCAACCUAAAAAUCAAGUACCUUCUUCCGUCGUGUCAACACCCAAAUCAAACCUUUCAGUCAUGAAUGCGUGCUCGAAUAUCAAUAUCGGAAAUGAGUUGACAGGAUCGUUUCAAAACAACAACACGAGUAGUAGUACAAUUUCUCUCACCAAACCCUUGAAAAAUCCAUCAUCCCCACAAAAACUACCCAUCAACAUCUCUGCAUCCAUUAUUGAGGCUAAACAAAAGAGAUCUAAAAAACCAAGAAAUGUCUUGCUCAAAUACAAUCUAAGGUCUUCCAAAAGCAAACGAAAAUAUUUUAUUCGAAACAUUGAAUUUCAUCCAUUGAUGGCAUUCAUCAGUGCUGCUGUAGAGAUUCAACGAGUCGUGAAAGGCUUUUUGAGUCGAAGAGGAUUUUAUUCAAAAAGAAUUCAUGAAUUGAGGUUGGCAAAAAAAUUAGAAUUGGAAGAGCAGAGACGAGAUUAUGAUCAAGCAUUUGAAAAUGCUACAAAGGCUCUCAUUUCACCAAAUUCUCGAAAAAACGAAGAUAAUCUAAGAAACUUUAUGUCGACCUACAUUCCCAUUCUACAAGCUAAAUUUCAUCAAAUUAUAGCCAUUUGGAAAUAUAGUAAUAAUGAAGCCUUGCGAAAUAGAUUAACACAUAUUGCUGCUACAGUGAUUCAAUCAAGAUAUAGGCUCUACAGACGAAGACUGUUUGAAAAAACUGGCAGCACUCAAGUGUUUUUCAGAAAGUACAAAAUGUAUUUCUAUGACCGAAAAAGUCAUGCCGCUUUUAUCAUUCAAAAAUGGUGGAGGAAUUGCAUCAAUAAGCAAAUAUUUCAAUUCUACAAGCAGUUAAUUGUUUUCAAAGAAAGAUCUCAUCCUUACGAUAUUUUAAAAGCCAUCAACCCGUCUGAAGCUCCUCUAUUGGAUCCUGCCAUUGGUGCUUUUAUGAGAUUUCGUUUGGGAGGUUCACAAUUUCCUCCUGUCAUUUAUUACAAAAUUUUCUUGAAGCAAUCAGUCAUUGAUAUCAAUGCAUUUGCACCUAGAAACUACGCGAGUAGAGAUGUAAACAAUUUAUCCAUUCAACCUGUAUCGUUUGGAAAUCAUCGAGAUUUACUUUCAAAGCAAUGGGAUUUCGAAGAUUGGUAUCAACGAGAGGAGCGUAAUGCUUGGCGACCUGUGGCAACCACUCUUCUAGUUCAUGAAGAAAUGUUGUUGGAUCAACAAUUUCAUACAUGCUCCAAUUUCCUAUUGGACAGGGUGAAAAAAGAAGUUCGACAAGCUAAACACCGCUUCAGCACGUUAACACUUUUACCAAGCACAACCUACAAGGUGCUCCAAUCAGCAAAGAGUGAACAAGAGGCCAUUGACAAGCUUUUACCUUAUCACUUUAUGCCCUCGAAACGAAAAGAAAAUCUUUUGAAAAAAAAGAGAAAAAAGAGAUUGGAAUGGCUCAUUAAAUUGAAAAAAGUGGACAUGAUCAAAAUGCAAGCAAAAACGAACAACAAUGAAGAGACCCAUCAUACCCUUGAUGAAACUCCAAUAUCUGAGGACAAUGAUGUUCGAAGUGCUCAAUCUGACCUUAGAAUACUUGCUCUCACCAUGAAAGAAAAAGAUAUGCUUGCAGAAUUAGAGGAAAUUGAGCUUUUUGGUGAUGUGGCAUACGUCGAUGAUGAAAUGGACGAUUUACUCAAGUGGUGUGAUGAUUUAGAUUUUUACAAGUAUGCAGAAGAUUGGCAUUCACUUGCUACGACUUUGAGCUCUGAUCAACCACGAAGACAUCACAUGCCACAAAAUACUCAUAUGAAGGUUGAUACUCCAGAAAUUGAACAAUAUCAACACGAAAUGCUUCUCACUCAGGAGAAGCUUCAAGCCCAUGAUAACACACCAUUCAUUCGCCCUAGCACCCCAAGUUCUGAAUACAUGACCAUUACAAGUUCAGAGUACGAAGAGAUUUCUAAAACACUACAAGCCCAGCGCGAUGAUAUCCAAAAACAAGCUGAGGAAGCAUCAGCCAAGCUGCAAAAAACAAUUGCUGAAUCUAUUGAGAACAAACAAAAGAUGCUAGAUCAGAGCAACAAAGAGUAA